CCUUUGCCGGUGCGGGGGGCCCAGGCGUUUCAAGGAAACAACCCUGGAGAGCCAGUCACCCUGCAUUGGAUCCUGGAUGGACAAAUCCGAAGCAAGGUCACCUGGGAGGAGCCGGUCAGUGCCAGGUUCCCCUUCCCUCUGCAGGGGCCCAGGGUCUCCCAGCCCCUUGGCCCCUCCUCCAAACUUCAGCAUGGCAGUUUGGCUGGGGUCCUUUAGGCCCCUUUCCCGGAGGGCUGGCAGGUGGGGGUGGGGAGAUCUCUUGAUCACAUGAGCCUGCACACAUGGAAGUCAUUUUCAGGCUUCUCCCCUCACAUCCCUCUGCUCCCUCCAUCCCAGAAUUAUCCAGGCCACCCCCACCCUGCCAGGCAGAGGUGGGGGGCCAGAAUUUGUGGGGCCUGAAACUUUUCAGGGACCUCUUAAGAAAACCCCAAAAUAUCUCCUUUUCGCAAAGUUUAGCAGAACAUGUUACCCUGUGGACAUAUGGUGCCCUCCAGGAAAACUUCAGCCUCCCUGGCUCAUGCAGAAUCCACUUCCAGACAGGGGGCACUGGUCCCUCUCCUAGUGCCCCCAGGUGCCCCUGAUUUCUCUUUUCCAGGAUGCUCUGACUCAGCUUCCUGCCAACACCCACCCAUCAUGCACUUCCGGAAUAACCAUGUCCCCAGCUGUAUGCGUCACACACCUGUGCUACAAACCAGGAGGCCCAUUUCACAGAGGGGCAAACUGAAGCUCAGAGAGGUUGCAGAAAGGGCCCAAGGUCACACAGCCUGAGACCGGGACCCCAGAAGCCCAUUUAGGUCUGAAAGACUUCUAAUCAUUGACCAAUGUCCCCCAAAUCUAGAGAGCCAUCUUCAUCCUGAAUAUUCAGGCUAGAGAGGACAACCCGCUGUCCAAGCCAGCAGGGAGGAAGGGCAGGAGAGCACCGUGGAGAAGGCUAGAAGGCCCCCAGAGGCCCAGCAGUUUUUAACCUGGAACCCUUACUGCCUCCCCCAGACCCUCAGGGGCCCUCAUUCAAGUAGUCAAGCAUGGUGCUGGCUCCAGCUCCAAGUGGGUUGUCCUGGACAUCACCCGCAGAGGGGAAGGCUGGGCGCACAGGCUGUGGUCACACUGACUGUAGACCUCCUUUCCAGGCCAGCCUGGGCUGUGAUGAGGAAGCACAUCCCAGAGGGCCUUGCUUUUUUGCCUGCCUCCAGGAAGCCUGCCAAGAUGAGGACAGCAGAGUUGAGACAGGGAGUCCUGUCCAAGAGGCAGGAAAUACCCACAUUUCACGUUAGGGAUGGGGUGCAGAGUGAGCAGCAGGGUCACCAAGAGGGCAGGAAGCAAGGACAGCAGGGCUGCAGGAGAGAAAGAGGGGAGCCUGGGCUGGGUUUGAAGUAGGAGGAGGCUUUCCAUCUGGGGCUGCUGUUUGUGCUUGGUGCAAACCUUUCUCCAAUUAAGUAAGUGGUGUUCUGGCCACCUGAGCUCAUGCUUGGGGCCUUAGUGGUGGUGAGGGGGUGUCUCUUGGCUGGGGUGGGGAGUUGUCUGCUCCCUACCUGCAGAGAAAAGGCCCCCCCCCCAAAGAAUCUGAGCCCCUUGGCCUGGGGCCCAGCCCGAUGCAUGGUGGGAUAGAAGGGAAGGGCCAGCGUUCUGGAGACACGCAGCUCUCCAGCACGCUCCUGGGCCAGCUCCAACUCUGGGCCUCCAGCCAGGCAGAGUGGACAAGGCGGGGCAGAUGGGGCAUUCCCACAGGGUGGGAGAGGCAGAGAGGCUAGCGGGAGGAGAGGCUGGCGGGUUGGCCCGUCUAGCUGAGAUGUUUUCCUCUUGGCCUGGAAAGGGGCAUUAAUGUUUAUUUCACGGGCUCAGGGAAGCAGGUAUGGGGCAGGUCUGCAGGAGGCCAGGGAAAUUUUCAGUUUGCCAGAAUUGUAGGAGGAGGGAGUAAAGUCUGAAUUCUACAGGGAGUGGGAGCAGUAAGAUGCAGAAACAAGACGUUGUAAGGACCGAGCCGCCGACCCAACCUCCCUCAGCCAUCGUCUUCAGGACCCCUCCCCACUUGGAGGAAGCUUUCUGGCUGUGAAACAGGAGGGUGGGCCAGAGGAAGGGCCCAGGAACCUUGCGUAAGGCAGGGAAACUUUCUGGGACCCCUUGUCUCAUCUCUUUGGGGACACAGUGUUCACCCAGCAGGCCACUGUCAGAUGGCUAUCGUCAGAACCAAAACCGUCCUGAGUCUGGGACUGUAUUUGUCUGCAUGUUCUCUCCCCCACACCUGCCCAUACCCUCCGUGGCAGGUGGGGAGCCUGCUGCUCCUAGCCUCCUGUGCUCUCCCUCACCUGCCAACUCCACAUCCCACCUGGCCCCUCAGCCCUGCUCUCCUUCUUGCCCAGGUCUCGAAGCUAGACACAGGGCUGGUGGCUGUGGAGGCUAAAGGGCAGGAGCUCCUUCUGGAGCUGGAGAAGAACCACAGGCUGCUGGCCCCAGGAUACACAGAAACCCACUAUAAUCCAGAUGGGCAGCCGGUGGUGCUGGUCCCCAACCACACGGACCACUGCCACUACCAUGGGCACGUGAGGGGCUUCCCUGACUCCUGGGUAGUCUUCAGCACCUGCUCUGGGAUGAGAGGCCUGAUUACACUGGGCUGCAAUGCCAGUUAUUAUGUGCAUCCAUGGUCAGCUGGAGACUCUGAGGACUUCAUCACUCACAAGAUGUUCCGGACCCAGCAGCUGCUUAGCUGGAAAAGGGCCUGUGGCCACAGGGAUGCCAGGAACAAAGGGGACAUGGCCAGCCUUUCUCGUGCCACUCAGAUCAAGGAGAGGCGGGAGGUCCGCAAGAGCCCGAAGUUCCUGGAGUUGUACAUAGUGGCUGACCACACACUGUUCUUAACCCAGCACCGGAACUUGAACCACACCAAACAGCGCCUCCUGGAGGUGGCCAACUAUGUGGACCAGAUUCUCAGGACUCUGGACAUUCAGGUGGCACUGACCGGCCUGGAAGUGUGGACGGAGCAGGACCAGAGCCGCGUCUCGCCGGACGCGAACGCCACGCUCUGGGCCUUCCUGCAGUGGCGCCGGGGGCUGUGGGCACGGCGGCCACACGACUCCGCGCAGUUGCUCACGUGGGUGCCUCCGAGCCCACGCGGGUCCCCCGCCUGGCUGCCCAGAAUCCUGGCCCGCCGGGUCACGCUGCAUCCCGUCCGCAGGGGCCGCGCCUUCCAGGGCGCCACCGUGGGCCUGGCGCCCAUCGAGGGCAUGUGUCGCGCCGAGAGCUCAGGAGGCGUGAGCACGGACCACUCAGAGCUCCCCAUCGGCGCAGCAGCCACCAUGGCCCACGAGAUAGGUCACAGCCUUGGCCUCAGCCACGACCCUGACGGCUGCUGCGUGGAGGCGGCGGCUGAGCAAGGCGGCUGCGUCAUGGCUGCGGCCACCGGGCACCCGUUCCCGCGCGUCUUCAGCGCCUGCAGCCGACGCCAGCUGCGCGCCUUCUUCCGCAAGGGGGGCGGUGCGUGCCUUUCCAACGCGCCGGACUCCAGGCUCCUAGUGCCUCGGGCGCGCUGCGGGAACGGCCUCGUGGAGGAGGGCGAGGAGUGUGACUGCGGCGCCAGCCAGGAAUGCCAGGACGCCUGCUGCCUCGCGCACAACUGCUCGCUGCGCGCGGGGGCCCAGUGCACCCACGGGGACUGCUGCGCGCGCUGCCUGCUGAAGCCGGCUGGCGUGCCGUGCCGCCGAGCUGUGGGCGACUGUGACCUCCCAGAGUUCUGCACCGGCGCCUCCCCCUACUGCCCCCCGGACAUUUACCUAUUGGACGGCUCGCCCUGUGCCCGCGGCCGGGGCUACUGCUGGGAUGGCGCGUGUCCUACACUCGAGGGGCAGUGCCAGCGGCUCUGGGGGCCUGGCUCCAGCCCAGCCCCAGAGUUCUGUUUCCAGAUCGUGAACUCGGCGGGAGACGCCCACGGGAACUGUGGCCAGGACGGCAAGGGUGGCUUCGUACCUUGUGCGCAGAGGGAUGCACAGUGCGGGAAGCUGCAGUGCCUGGGAGGGGAGCAGCACCCACUCCCACCACACACGGUGCCCGUGGACUCCUCUGUUGGGCUAGGCAGGGAGGAGGUGACCUGUAGGGGAGUGUUCUUGCUGCCCGGUGUCCAGCUGGACCUGCUGGACUUGGGCCUGGUAGAGCCAGGCACCCCAUGUGGACCUAGAAUGGUGUGCCAGAACAGGCGCUGCCAAAACACUACCUUCUUGGAGCUGGAGCAAUGCCUGACAACCUGCCAUGGUCAUGGGGUUUGCAACAGUAACAAGAACUGCCACUGUGCUCCAGGCUGGGCUCCACCCUCCUGUGACAAGCCAGGAUUUGGUGGCAGUGUGGACAGUGGUCCUAUGCAGCCUGAAAACCACAAGACCUUCCUGCUGGUGGUGAUCCUUAGCUUCCUGCUGCCUCUACUCCCCGGGGCUGGCCUGGCCUGGUGCUGCUGCCGGCAGCCCAGAUCCGGUCUCCAGCAAUGCCUCUGGGGGUUGAGGAGGGAUCCCUCCUGUAGUAGGCCCAAAGAUGGCCCAAACAGGGACCGUCCCUCCAGCAGCAUUCACCCCAUGGAGCUGGGCCCAGCAGCCACUGGAGAGUCCCAGCCUCUGGACCUGGAGAACUCUGCCAGAGCCCAGGAGCCACCUUGAGAAGCCUCUGCCCUGCUGCUCUGCCUGCAACUGCAAGCAGGUCAGAUCCAGAAGCCAAGAUCCUGUCACUGGUGAGAGGAAGCUCCUGAGAUGAGGAUGCUUAUAGCCAGUCGCCUACUGACAGCCUCUCCAGGGACUUGGUCUCCCAGGGGCAGAGUCAGAGUCAGACCUCCUGCACUCUUGCAGCCUGCAAAUUUCUGCCCUGCGUUGAGCUUAUCCUAUCUACUCCAGGACCCCAGAGCCUUAGCAGAAGGUGCCAAUGCUAUCCCCAUUCCUUAGGACUAGGGGAUCCAGCCCAAGAAUCUAUCAGUCUCAGGAACAAAGGUCAUGUAGUCACUGACCUCCUAUCACCAGGGGAGGCUAGGUCAUGCUGGGCAUGAGGAGAGGCCUCUGUCCAGGGAGGCUGGGUGUCUCUGCUACAUGUGCUUUAUAUAGACCCAGCUCUAUAGAGGCCAGGGACUAUUGGACCAGAAGCCUGGGCUCUGGGGGCCCUACAUUUCAGACUCAGUCCACUUCCCUGGAGCCUGGCCUCUGCAAAAAAAAAAAAAAAAAAAAAUCAAAAUCCUUGGGACCCCCCUCCCUCCCCUUUCCUGCUUUGGUUUGUCCCUUGGACACUUCUUCAACAUCACCCCUGUUCUUGGUCCUCCACUGGAAACUUUAGAGGAGUGUUGGGUCUGCUGUAGCCCCCUCACUCUGGACACUACUCAGCCUCUCCUCCCUUUCUUGGGAGGGGGCAGAAGGAGCUGUUUUAAGAAGGACACCAAAAUAGAAGUCAGAAGAGCC